AUGGGAUUAACCUCUAAACUCGAAAAGCUCAAGUUCGGUGAUCACGAUAAGUCCGAGGCGAAACAAGCCCCAGCUACUAAUACGAAUGCCCCUUCUGACGCGGAUACCGAUGAUAUCGACGAAAUGGAUAAUGAGGGGCAAUCAAUUUUGAUGGGAAUUAUUGCUCAAUUGAGACCUGGUAUGGAUUUGACAAAGAUCACGCUCCCAACCUUCAUUUUAGAAAAGAAAUCAAUGUUGGAGAGGAUCACAAACUUCUUCCAAAUCCCAGAUUUACUACUUGAAGCCAACCAUACCGAAGAGCCGGUAGCAAGAUUUGUGAAUGUUUUGAAAUGGUACCUUGCUUCAUGGCAUAUUGCUCCUAAGGCGGUCAAGAAACCUCUCAAUCCAGUUUUAGGUGAGACUUUUUCUUGCUAUUGGAAAGAUUUGCCAUAUAGUGCUGGUGACGCUUACUACUUGUCUGAGCAAACUUCUCACCAUCCUCCCAAGUCGUCUUAUUUUUAUUUGGUUCCGAAGGAGAAAAUUAGAGUUGAUGGAACAGUGAUUCCUAAAUCAAAGUUUUUAGGUAACUCUUCAGCAGCGACAAUGGAAGGUUUGGCUCAAGUUACGCUUGGAAACUGGAACGAAGAACAAUACGUAUUAACUCAACCGAAUGUAUAUGUUAGGGGAAUUCUUUUUGGUAAGAUGAAAACCGAAUUGGGCGAUCAUAUGAUCGUUAGAUGCCAGGCCCUAGGACUUGAGGCUGAUAUUGAAUUUAAAACUAAAGGAUUUAUCAGCGGAACUUAUGAUGCCAUCGAGGGUUUUAUCAAGGAGAUCGAAACUUCGAAAGAAUUGUUUCAAUUAACUGGUAAAUGGAAUGAUAUCAUAGAUAUCAAAGACUUAAAUACUGGGAAAAAGCUGGUACUUAUCAAUACACAUAAAACCAUUCAAGUUAAACCCCGAGUCAGACCUUUGGAGGAGCAAUCCGAGUAUGAAUCUAGAAGGUUAUGGAAGCCAACAAUUGAUGCACUUGCACGAAGGGAUCAUGCCACAGCUACUGAGGAAAAGUUUAAGGUAGAAAAUGAGCAGCGCGAGAAAGCGAAAAAGCGCUUAGAGGACGGCGUAGAAUUCCAUCCAAGGUUCUUUAGGCCAAUCGACGCUCAAGAUCACUCAUCAAGGGACUUGGGGGUCAUUUUUAAUAAGCACAUAAACCUUGCCGAGUCACCUGAGGAGUUGUCUAAGAAUGUUUUGGAUACUGCCCCAUUUCUACCAGGUCAGAAACAUAAUGAAAAAUUUGAUAUUCCACCCUUCAAAGAACAUGCUACCACUGGGACAGGAUAA